ACAAGACCCAACAAACCAACAUAUAUACUAACUUUACGUAGUACGAAGUCGUAAACUACCAUAAUCUACACAUUCAACACCCAGCAUUCCAAACAAAAAACCAAGCAUGAGCCUUCCAAAAUUAUUCAUUAUUUUCUGUUUUCUAGUUUCAUUCACGUCCGCCACAAGUGUCAUUGACUUCUGUGUGGCGGACUUUAAUUUUCCAGUUGGACCAGCAGGAUACCCUUGUAGGAAUCCUGCUAAUCUCACAGUUGAUGACUUUGUUUUUUCAGGUUUAGGUGUUGCAGGUAACACCUCAAACAUUUUUAGAGUUGGUGUGACUGCAGCAUUCGAUCUAACUUUCCCGGCCUUGAAUGGUCUAGGCCUUUCCAUGGCAAGGUUAGACAUUGGUGUAGGUGGAGUUGUGCCAAUCCACUCGCAUAGAGUGUCUGAAGUUAUAAUGGUGAUUGAAGGGACUAUAAUUGCUGGAUUUAUAAGUUCUGAUAACACCGCAUACUUUAAAACAUUAAACAGGGGGGAUAUUAUGAUCUUUCCACAUACUUUACUCCAUUUCCAAGUUAACGUGGGUGAAACUCCUGCUCUUGCAUUCGUUAGUUUGAACAGCGCAAAUCCUGGGUUCCAAUUUUUUACCACUUCUAUAGGCGCAAAUGAUCUACCAACUGAUGUGGUUCAAAAGAUUACUUUGUUGGAUGCUGCACAAGUUCAGAGGGUGAAGAGAAUAUUCGGUGGCACUAAUUGAUACUCCUGCUUAUAUUAUUUCAACGUCACUUGACCUUGUGUGUCACUAAUAUAUACUGUGAUUUACGUAAAUGUGUGUUGUGACUACUUGUGAAGUUAUGAGUGGAUUUGUAAAAUUAAAAAAUUGUACGAUGUCACAUUUCCUUUCUUACUUAAAAUCGGAAUAAAAAUGUAUUUCAGUGUUUUUUGUUUUGACAUCA